AUGAUUAAUAAAUAAAGUAAGGGGUAUCAUUUGUCUUUAAGUAAAAGUGAUGAUCUAUUGUUUGUGCAUGAUGUGGAUUAAGAAAAACAAUAAAAUUUUCGUGAAUCUCAAUUAAGAAAAAACAGUUUACACAAUUUUGUUUUAUAGAUACCAAAAAGAAUAACAUCAUGGAAGGAACUCGCAUAAUUCUAUUACAUUUAAAAAAAGUAAAAUUGGUGUAUGUAUUUUUUCUUUAAAUUGCAGUCAUACUAAGAAAAAAAUUCUAACUCAAAUUUUAUAAUAUAGGUAUAAUGCUUAUAUGACAGAAUACAUAAUCUAAAAAUAAAAAAUUUCAUUGGAAUAAAAUAUAUUAAUUUGUAUUGGGUUUAGUAAUUGAAAAAAUUCAUUAGUUUGAGGAUUAGUAUAAAUCCUGUUCUUGCUUAAAGAUUCAGAAAAGUAAUUUAUAAUAGGUUGUUCCUUUAUAAAUUGAUGAAAAAUAAUAAAUUGAAUAGUUAUGAAGUGGAAGAAACAAGAUACAGAAUAAAUAAAUUAAUCGAAUAUAAAUGA